UCACUGCAGUUCUGUCUCUCUUUCUCUACCCCGCUGUCUCUGUAUCUUUGUUUUCCUGGCUCGCUCUCUCACUUUCUCUUUCCAAAGGAAGACGAUAACUUUCUGUUUAAGUGUCGCCCAGCUCAGUAAAUGACUCUCCUUCCUUGUGACCACUAACUGGCUGCAUCUCCCUUGGAUCAACACUGCACAUGCUGGAUUUGUCUGCAAACUUUGCAGGAGGAGCAGAGUGAAAUAAGCAACCAGGACUCAGGAGAGGAUUCGGGGGGACUCUUCCACAGCAACAGUGUAACUAUGGAGUGCAGGCAUGGGGCAGAAAUUAAGCAGAAACAAACAGCAUGUUGACAUCAGAGAGGGGACGCUGAGGAGUAGCACAGAAGUGGAGGAAGGAGGUUUGUGGAUCAAACUUUGCAUAUCCAGGGAUCUUUCUCGACUCGAGCAGCUACAGAUAACAGGAAAAGAUUAAAAAGCUACAAUUUAAGAAACUCCUUAAGGAAUGGGAUUUUCACACUCUUUCUGCAGGCUCUCCACUGCGCACCAUCAGACCAGAAAAUCAUCUCUUUUAUGGAAAUCUGCUGCAGCUCCUUUGGAAAUAAGACCCGGCUCACAGCGCAGCUGUAGACAAAGGUUUCUACCUUGAAGAUAGUGUGUUUGGACUGUGGUGCGUGCAUGUUUAUUUAAGAACUUCUUCGCACGAGGAGUAAAGAAAGCGUGAUGCGCGGUUGUGAGACCACGAGUUGUCUGUCCGCCCUCAAUGUGGACAGCCAGAGGGAGAGGCAGACAUGUGUUUCCAUGGCAAUGAGCAGCUGUAACCCCUUCCCCAUGUGCUGGGACAGAGAAUAUGACAGACACCUAGCAGCAGCAGUGUCAGCAGGGAAACCCAUGGCAACGGCCUACAUGGACCCCAACCUGAACCAUUCCCUCCUGGGAGGAGCCAAGUCACGGCUAAGUGCAGGGGGCUCGGACCGAACCAUGGCUGGCUCCGUGGACAGGGUCCUUAAAGUCUUCCAUCACUUUGAAACCAACACUGAACAGAGCUGUUGGUCCUCCAACAUCAGAUAUGGAGAUGCAACUGAUGUCAGGGGAAUCAUUCAGAAGAUCCUGGACAUCCAUAAAGUGCACUGGACAUCUUGUUUUGGUCUCCGUCUGACCAACAGCCAAUCCAGAGACCAGGUUCACUGGCUUCAUCCAGAUAUGGGAGUUUCCCAUGUCAGAGAGAAAUAUGAACAGGCACGGCCAAGCGAGGAGUGGAGGUAUGAAUUAAGGAUCCGCUAUCUUCCAAAGGGCUUUGUUCAGCAGUUUACAGAAGACAAACCCACGCUCAACUACUUCUACCACCAGGUGAAGAAUGACUACAUGACAGAGAUCGGGGAUCAAGUGGAACAAGAUGUUGCUCUCAAACUGGGCUGUCUAGAGAUCAGGAGGUUCUUCAAAGAGAUGAGAGGAAACGCCCUGGACAAGAAAUCCAACUAUGAAUUACUGGAGAAGGAUGUAGGUUUGAGGCGGUUUUUCCCCAAAGACCUGUUGGAUUCAGUCAAGGCCAAAACACUACGUAAGCUAAUUCAGCAGACGUUCAAGCAGGUAGCUAAUCUUAAUGAUGAGCAGUGCAUCCUGAAGUUCUUGGAGGUACUCGCACCAAUCUACCGCUACGACAAGGAGUGCUUCAAAUGUGCUCUAGGGUCCAGCUGGGUGAUCCAGGUGGAGUUAGCUAUUGGGCCAGAGGACGGGAUCAGCUACCUCACUGACAAGGGAUCCACACCCACCCAUCUAGCCAAUUUUAACCAAGUUCAGUCUAUCCAGUACUCCGCUAUGGAGGAGAAGGACAGGAAGGGGAUGCUACAGCUCAAUGUAGCUGGAGCUGCUGAGCCUCUCACAGUAACAACAGCAUCACUGAACAUGGCAGAAAACUUGGCUGACUUGAUCGACGGCUACUGUCGGCUCAUCUCCAUGGAAACUCAUUCUUUCAUUGUCAGAGUGCAGAAAGAGGGAGAGAGAGCGCUGCCUUCCAUCCCAAAAGUUUCCAACAAUGACAAGAAGUUAGAAGCAGUCAGGAGUGGAGUAAGAGCCAUCUCUGUCUCAGAAGAUCUUAGCGGGGAUGAAACAGAUGACUAUGCAGAAAUAGUGGAUGAAGAGGAUACAUACACCAUGCCCUCAACACGGGAUUAUGAGAUCCAGAGGGACAGGAUAGAGCUGGGCCGCUGCAUAGGGGAGGGCCAGUUUGGAGAUGUACACCAAGGAGUGUAUAACAGUCCGGACAAACCCUCUCUACCUGUGGCUAUUAAGACAUGUAAAAACUGCACGUCAGACAGCGUCAGAGAAAAGUUCCUUCAAGAAGCAUUGACGAUGCGUCAGUUUGACCACCCUCAUAUAGUUAAGCUGAUCGGAGUGAUCACUGAAAACCCUGUGUGGAUCAUCAUGGAGCUCUGCACACUUGGAGAGCUUCGCUCAUUCCUUCAGGUGAGGAAGUACAGUUUGGAUUUGGCCACUCUCAUUCUGUUCGCCUAUCAGCUCAGCACAGCACUGGCAUACCUAGAGAGUAAACGCUUUGUCCACAGGGACAUAGCAGCUCGUAAUGUGUUGGUCUCAUCAGUGGACUGUGUGAUGCUCGGCGACUUUGGUCUGUCCCGAUACAUGGAGGACAGCUCAUACUACAAAGCUUCUAAAGGUAAACUCCCCAUCAAAUGGAUGGCGCCUGAAUCCAUCAACUUCCGGAGAUUCACCUCUGCCAGUGAUGUGUGGAUGUUUGGUGUUUGUAUGUGGGAGAUCUUGAUGUAUGGUAUCAAGCCUUUCCAGGGAGUGAAAAACAAUGACGUGAUUGGUCGGAUAGAGAAUGGCGAACGACUGGCUAUGCCUCCUCAGUGCCCGCCCACCCUCUAUAGUUUAAUGACCAAAUGUUGGUCAUAUGACCCCAGCAAGCGGCCGCGAUUCACCGAGCUCAAAACACAACUCAAUACCAUACUGGAGGAAGAGAAGCUCCAACAAGAGGAGAGACUUCGAAUGGAGAUGAGGAGACAAGUCACCGUGUCCUGGGACUCUGGAGGGUCUGAUGAAGCACCACCAAAACCCAGUAGACCAGGUUACCCCAGUCCUCGGUCCAGUGAAGGAUUCUUCUCAAGCCCCCAACUCAACCACUUCCCGCCGUCAGCCCACGGUGGUGUUGGAGGAGUGGGAGGAGGCAGCUACCCUCCUUCUGAUUCCUGGAACCAGCACAGACCUGAACACACAGCGCUGUGGAGCCCAAACAUGGAGGAAAGUGGAUGUGUGGGUCAGGCUCUGAUGGAGGAGCGGCUGAUGAUGCAGCAGCAGCAGAUGGAGGACGACCAGCGGUGGCUGGAGCAAGAGGAGAGCUUUAUGAAGACAGAGUCCAGAAACAGCAGAGGAAGCAUUGACAGAGAGGACGGCACACUACAAGCACCGGGAGGAAGCCAACACAUCUACCAACCUGUAGGGAAACCAGAACAUGUGGCUCCUCCAAAGAAACCGCCUCGCCCUGGAGCUCCUGGUCACCUUGGAAACCUGGCCAGCCUCUGUCCUGUUGACAGCUAUAACGAGGGGGUUAAGCUGCAGCCUCAGGAGAUCAGCCCGCCUCCCACCGCCAACCUGGAUCGUUCUAAUGACAAAGUGUACGAGAACGUGACAGGGUUGGUCAAAGCUGUGAUCGAGAUGUCCAAUAGGAUUCAGCCUGCAGCUCCUGAGGAGUACGUCCCAAUGGUCAAGGAGGUCGGUUUGGCGCUUAGGACUCUGCUAGCAACAGUGGAUGAGACACUUCCUGUGCUGCCAGCUAGCACACACAGAGAGAUUGAGAUGGCUCAGAAGUUGCUGAACUCAGAUCUGGCUGAAUUAAUAUCAAAGAUGAAACUGGCACAGCAGUACGUCAUGACAAGUUUACAAAAGGACUACAAGAAGCAGAUGCUCAUGGCAGCUCAUGCCCUCGCAGUUGAUGCCAAGAACCUACUGGACGUCAUUGACCAAUCACGGCUAAAGAUGAUCACCCAGCCACGCCCACAUUAGUUUUUAUGGUUGUAGACUGAGAAAGUGCAGUACUUUUACCAAGUAAUGAAGAAAGAGGAACUUUUGGAUGGAUUAUCAAUGCUGGAAGGAUGAAAAAUGAACUGAUGGAGAGCAAACAUGACUGAAACAAUCAGCGUCCUCUUCUUUCUCCAACAUUCGUUUCUUUCUUCUCUCUGGCGAUGUUGGUCAUGUGAGGUCAUGUUUCAGUCAAUACUUUUUGUACUUUUGUCAAAUUAUUAUUUGCUUCUGUAUCCAGAGACACACUCCUCUCCUCAAUCACUUAUCAUAAAGAGAUGAGUUUUUAAAAAAUAUCCAUUACUUUUUUUUUUUUUUUUUACUUUUAAAUGACUCAGUCAAAGGUUUCAGAGGCUUGCAUGAAGGACUGCAGAGAUAUUUUGCAGAUGGAUAUUCGCCGUAAACACAACAAAGCCUCACAGAUACACAGGAUGUUACAACUGGAACUGAAGAGCCAGGAUGAGGAGGAAAAUGAAGAUUAUGCAUUAAUAUUGUUUAAAAAAUGCUUUUAUAUCAUUAAUUAUUAUUUCUAUUUUCAGCCAUGGCUUUUACAGUAUGUCUCUAUGUCAGAACUUUAAUAGAUUGCUUUAAUUACCUCUUGAUAUCAUAUUUCAUGUCUUUUCAUCUUCUUCUCUAGAUCUCUUUAUCUCAGGCUGCAAGAAACGGCUAAAAAAAGUUUGAUAAGAAAGCCGAACUCUGAAGAUCAAACGUAAAUGUCACAAGCCACUUUUUUAAGUUAACUUACAUAGAAAAUAUACAAAGAAGCUAUAUUUUUAACAUGUUCUGAGGCAUGAAUAUUUAGUAAGGGGAUGGAUGAAGAGGGAGGAGGCUAAGAAAUGAGGGAAGGUUUUUUUGAUGGCAGUCACCGCACAGACUUUGCUGUACAGUAGGUAUCUGCCUGAUUAACUUUCACAGAGUUGAAAAUAACAUUUAAACAAGAUUACUCUGAUAUUAGUACACUCAGUUAUUCAAAAACAAUUUUAGCUCAAACUCACACGUCAUUGUGUAAUAUUAAACCUACUGGAUCCACACUGUAAUAGGCUUUAAUCUUGGCUUGUUUCACAGCUGCAGUUUCUGUAGAAAUCAGGGAUAGUUACCCCUAUAACAAGGUUAUUUUGUAGAGAUUUUUACAGUAUGGGCUGGUGACCAAAUUAAGCCACAUUGGCCCUCACCUGCCCUCCUUUUCCUUGUCUUUCUACCUCCACCAGUGGAGUUAUUUAUAUCCUUAUACCCUCUUUGCUCCUGCUCUUUCACAUCCACAUUUCUACUUUGUCUUCCUCUCUUCCCUCUCAGUUUCUCUCUCCAUCCCACUGCCCCCUCUCCCCUGAGGUGAGCAGUAUUCUCAGGAAGGAGUCACGUGUACAGUUGCUAAACCAAGCAAAUAAAACACUGUUGUAAAGAAA